GCCAGGAGGAGGGCGGCGGCGGCGGAAGCCCUGGGCUGGAGUCUGGCGGUGGCGGCUGAAACCCUAGGAUAGGGUGGCGGCGCCAGAAACCCUAGGGCGAGGGCAGCGGCGGCUGUAGGGAGGGUGGCGGCGCCAGAAACCCUAGGGCUAGGGCAGCGGCGGCUGUAGGGAUGGAAACCAGGCUGAUACCAUAUUGGAGUGAAUAUUCCAUAGAUUAGGGCUAACCCAACAGAUUAGCUAUAUAGUGUUUACAUGGGCCACAUGGGCCUAGCCUUAACAGGCCUAACACUCUAACAGAUACAAAGAGUAAAAAGGGCAAAUUAAAAGAGCACACCUAAAAAGGACACCAGACUUUUACAUUGCAACACACGUGAUGGGUCUGAACCAACUUUUGGUAUUCACAAAUAGACAAGCUCUGCAGACUUGACAAUCAAAGAUAGGAAUUCAGAAGGCGUAUGAUGAAGGGAAGGAUGCAAAGUAAAGGUAUUGGAUAGGUCAAUUGAAGAACUCGAUAACGUGUAUGUGUUUUAGAAUGCAAAGUAAGUUGUGUUCCUUCGUUUAUUUAGAAGUUGGUUAAUUUAACAAACCUUGCUGCAAGACAAAUAUAUGUUACAAUAAUUGUUCCAAGAUAACUGAAGAGGCAUUGGAGCUCCAAAUAUUACCUUUAAUUUAAUAAACCUGAUUUUGUAGCAAGGUUUGCCAUCAUCAAUCAAAGGUGCUAUAACAUUUUCACAAAUACAUCUGACAUGACGUUAUGGUCGCUAGAUCGGUGAGGGACUGGAGAGGGGUAUCGGUGGGCAGGAACACCGGCCGGGGGCCUCUGCCCACGACCGAGCAAGAGGAGGGUUUUCCCUUCUAAUUCUUGCCUACUUUAUUUCUCAUCCAUUGAUUACAUAAAUAGGCCAGUUGGCCGCCCCUAUCUAGCUAGAGAUCCUUAUCUCCUAAAAACUCUCAACAAACUAACUGAUAACCUUCCUAGAUAAUCUCAACUAAUCUCCUAAAUAAUCUCAACUAAUCUUCUAAUCUUAUCUCUAACUAUCCUUAUCUCCUUAAAACUCUCCUAAAAACUCUCAACAAGUACUAACUGAUAACCUUCCUAGAUAAUCUCAACUAAUCUUAUCUCUAACUAUCCUUAUCUAAUCCUCCUUAGAGGGCCCAUCGCUGCUGCUACCGCAGCCCCUCCGUGGGCCUCCUUAGGCCCUGACACUACACCCCUCCUGGACAAGCAGCUCGUCCUCGAGCUGCAGCAUGACGAGUGCUCAAAUACUGAGUCUACUUGACCUAAAACCAGACACCUAGAAGACAAGCCUUUUACAUCUCGGCUUAUCUUAUUAUUCCGAAUCUGAAUUUUUUUGUUGACCCCAUAAGAUAAGGCGGACACCCUCCGCGCAUUGGACUUGUACGUGUGCAGCCACCUGGAUCCCAUGGACACCAUCUUGACGAAAGGGGAGCACAUGGACGGGCACCUGGAAUAGGUCGCAACAAUAACCAGCGAAGGCGCCCUCGUGGCGGCCGGUAGCGGAAUGUGGUGGCGCUAAGUAGUGCGCCCUUGCCGAUGACGAGGGGGGUGCCUUCCUUACCGCCGCUGCCGUAGAGUUGAAGUUCGUGUCCCGCGGGACACGUACCAUGCUCACACUUGGAGAUAGCGGCCCGAUGCCGCUGCUGAUGGCCAUCCGACAGGGCGAGGUCGCGCCCCCGUGUACCGAGGUCAACCGUGACCAAGGCUGCCUCGAGCAUCUGCCGGCGCAUCUCCCGCGCUCUCCGUCGUGCAAGGAAGCCACGAGCAGCAGCUUGUAUGCCCACAGCCGCCGACGUCUGGAGCCGUGCGGACAACGCCAGCCGGUGCUGCUCAUGUUGCACUGCUACCUUGAUUUGCAGCAGCCCUUGCUCAACCUUCUGGAGCGUGGCUUGCAUCUUUGCGAGAUCAGCCCUUACGUUGGUCCACAAGUCCCCCAUCGAUGGAGCUGGUGAUUGCUGAGUCGUGGCUGCCCCUAGUGGCGUCGCCGAUGGGGACGAAGAUGUCGUCAACAAAGAUGAUGUGACAAAAUUUGGCGUUGUCCUUGAAGAUGGGCACGCCGGCGUCCAGGAUGUGGUGACAAAAUUGGCAGGCGAUGCUGCCCAUGGAGAUAGGGACGCCGGUUGCCAGGAUGGCGUGACGAAGGUGGCAUACGGCGCAACCCAUGGAGAUGGGGACGUCGGUUGCCAGGACGGCGUGACGAAGGUGACAUGCGGCGCAGUCCAUGGAGAUGGGGACGUCGGUUGCCAGGAUGACGCAGCGAAAUUGGCAGCAGAAGCCAUGGGAUCAGAUCGAAACCCAAGCUAGCCGAUACCAGAUGUUAUGGUCGCUAGAUCGGUGAGGGACUGGAGAGGGGUAUCGGUGGGCAGGAACACCGGCCGGGGGCCUCUGCCCACGGCCGAGCAAGCGGAGGGUUUUCCCUUCUAAUUCUUGCCUACUUUAUUUCUCAUCCAUUGAUUACAUAAAUAGGCCAGUUGGCCGCCCCUAUCUAGCUAGAGAUCCUUAUCUCCUAAAAACUCUCAACAAACUAACUGAUAACCUUCCUAGAUAAUCUCAACUAAUCUCCUAAAUAAUCUCAACUAAUCUUCUAAUCUUAUCUCUAACUAUCCUUAUCUCCUUAAAACUCUCCUAAAAACUCUCAACAACUACUAACUGAUAACCUUCCUAGAUAAUCUCAACUAAUCUUAUCUCUAACUAUCCUUAUCUAAUCCUCCUUAGAGGGCCCAUCGCUGCUGCUACCGCAGCCCCUCCGUGGGCCUCCUUAGGCCCUGACACAUGGUGUUGAAACUUAGAGGAAAUUUCAAAGAAACAUUAAGGCAGUCGGGUGGCCUUGAUAAUAUUUUUAAUAUCAUGGUGAAUUGCCAUUCAGAAGUGGAGGUAAUACCUUGUUUAUGUGUCCAAUAGUAUAUAGCAAUUAUAAGCUCGUUGCAAUAAAAUAACAGUAAAGCAUUGCCAUCUGCUAGUGUAUUUGAACUGUAACAUGUUCUAGGAAAGAUGCUAAUGGACCGAGAGUCCGAGACAAAAGAAUACAUAUUCGCAGAUGGUUCUAGCUCACGGGUUUGACCCUCAAUCACAACUGAAACAACUAAAUGUGAAACUUCCGGAGUACCUACCACAACAAACCACGAGGAGUUGCAACUGGUAGCAAGUAGCAACUAUAAAUUCAGAACUACUGUAUCAGGCCACCUAGUUCAUGCGGCGUGAUUACCUGAUUGCUUUCUCAUGUGGUGUGAUUACCUGAUUGCUUUCCUGCUUACUGGGAGCAAUGGAGGGUGGAGCUUCCACUUCACCGAAUCAAGGUGCCUUCACGACUUCCCCUUCCGACCGCGCAUCGCUAGCUCCCGCAACGACCCGACCUCUGCGGGUGGAUCAUAUCGGCCGCCGUUAGCCCUCCCUCCCCCGAUCCGCUACGAUUCUUUGACCAGACCUUGGUCCAGAAACGAAAAGGCGGCGGGGUAAACAGCCGCAGAGUCGAGCAGUGGCCGCAGAGGCAAGCAGAGAGGCCAGUGGGCAGUGGCGCCUAUGGAGGCGUGGAGCAGGAGAGCGUCGGGUGGCGGAGAAGCGAGACGACGUGGACCUGACGGAGAGUGGCCUUGGGGAAUGUCUACGAAGUGCAAGGGGGAGGGGAAGGAUGGAAGGGCCAAUGGUCCAACCGUGCCGCCUGUCGCUCGCGCCCGAGCUUGCCUGCGCAUCCCGCGGCUCGCUAUCUUAGCCCGCCGCCACGCAAAACCCUCUGGCCGGCGCAACAGAAGCCUCAAACGCCAGCGCACUGCCCUCGCUGGCGCUCCAUGCCAAGGCCAAAGAUGUCGUGCACGCGUGGUUGCCACUCGCGACGGCGAUUGGACGGACGCCCACCGUGGUGCCGUAGGUUCACAACGCAACGAACUAAACGCUACCACCUCUCUCGAUCGUCUCCUCUACCUUCGACAAUGCCCAUGCACGCCUAUCAGAGUGACGGGUGAGCGUUGCCCUUGGAAAGUCGUUUGGUUGGGGCUUUUUUACCCGUAAUAGGUUCACGGCGCAAACUGGUCCGACUACUUUACUUUGUGUUUGGUUGGGCCAUCUCCAGCACGCGUGUAUAUGAGCGAGCGUGUGUUUUGCACUGUAGAUUGCACAGUUUACAGAGUGAAGUUUGAGAUAGUGAGUAAGAUAGAAGUAAGAUAGAGGGGCGACUGGAGAUUGUCUUAUGUCUUCCUUUUAUGGAUCACACGUUGUUAAAGGAUAUGGGCAAGUAAGCGCUCGACAUCUAAGGCUAUCUACCCCCCUCACAUAACUACAAGAUAAGUCCCCGCUCGAGGAACAGGCGUAUGGACUGAUUAAAUAUCCAAUAGAUGAUCUGCUAGUAAGGCCCAUUGCAGAUGAUCCGGCUUUAUCUAAGAGACCUACUCUGCUACAGAUUUUAGAGUACCAAGAUGUUCUGUGGGAGAUCUCCUUAUGGUAUGGGAUUUCUGCUCGUCUUUUGGGAGGGUUCUGAAUCUGUCCCCAUUUCCGCUAACAGAUUUGGAGAACACAAUUUGCCACAAAGAAAGCAAUGUUCUUCUUGUGGAAAUACAUGCAGCUAUGAAGGAUGAAGGUGACUAUUUCACUGUUCUGCAGAACAAGAAACGGAAGUUAAAGGUAAGUUCAGUAACAUGGGCUGAGUAUCUAUGUGAUUUCUUGGAAAUGACAAAAAAUGAAGAACGUUCCACAAACAUUGCAACAGUAAUAAGGGGUUAUUAUGGUCUUAUUGACACUGAUAUAAAGCUUAAGAUCCUCCGGGAACUAGUGGAAGAAGCUAUUCAAACCUCUGCCAUAAAGGAGAUACUAAGUGACCGUGUGGACCAGAAACAAGUCCUCAAUGCAACAAAAAGAGAGAACACCAGAAAGGACAAACAAGAGAAAAAUCUUAACACUGAAAUUGCCAUGAAAAGUCAGGAGAAUCAGACAGAUGAUGUGCAAGUUGGUCAUGGGGGUGUAGAUGAGCUGGUUAGGAGAAAAGAAGAAAAUGACAAGAGCAAUAUUUCUCGGAGUAGAACAGAAGGGAAACGACACUUGGUACAGCACCUUGAGACGGAGAUUGAGAAAUUAUCCAUCCGAUCCAGCCCACUUGGUAAAGACAGGCAGUACAAUAGGUACUGGUUUUUCAAGCGUGAAGGAAGGCUUUUUGUUGAAACUGCAGAUUCCAGAGAAUGGGGUUACUACAACACUAAGGAAGAGCUUUGAAACGGCAACUAGAGAAGUUUUACAGUAAGAUAAGUAAUGCCCUAGAGAAACGAUCAAAAGAUAUCGCAAACAGGAUGUUACUUGAAGAGGGUGUACUGCGGCGUUCCACACGUGUCCGGGCUCAGCCAAAGGACAUGGCAUUCCUCAAGUACGUCAACAAGUGGAAGGAUAACUGAGGUGGCGGUCUGCCAGCGGUGGUGGUGGUCUGCCAGCGGUGGGAGGAUAACUUGAGCCACUGGGUGACAGGGUUUGCAGUAGAUGUGUUUGGUUUGAGGUUAAAGUGGGAUGGGACGGGGGCGACACCGUCCUCUCAAUUUUUUAAUUUUUUGGGAUCACGCCGCUACAAAAAAACUACUCUGGUGUUUACCUCGUCCCUACGUGACUCCCAUUUAACCACUGGAGUAACUGUGACCGUCCCAUUUCAUCCUUUCGUAUACUUGGUUAGGUCGUCACAGUGGUUCGCCAUACUCGUCGCAUUAGCUAAUGAAAACUGUACUAGAACCUAGUUUUCUUCCCUUUGCUACUGAAAUGAACACUGGUUCACAAAUGAAAAGCUUUUGCUACUGAAGUGAACUGUGCCACUCUUUUUCCACCUUUGCGUUCCAUGUGUUUAACACUGGUUCACAAAUGAAAAGCCUUUGCUACUGAACUGAGCUGUGCCAGGCUUCUUUACCUUUUUAGAACAGUCACCACUCUUUACAUGUAACGAUGUAAACGUGAUGAGGCAAGACACUUCGAUUUUCAAGGGUGGGCGUGGGCCGCGGGCCAAUGUUGCUGUUACCGUGCUCUUUCGUUGAGUAAAGCAGCUGCCGACGAUGACUGCUCGGAGAGUUUCAGUUCUGCUACGAUUUUCAGGCAAUGCCAAGGCCCGAAAGGUCGCCGCUUGGUUUGCUGGACGGGCCACGCCCACGCCCAAGGCCCUCCGCCGUCCGCCGUUCUCUUCGGUCGGCAGCCUGCGCGGCAACGUGUACGUGCUGGCGACCACAGACCCAAGCACCGGAAAGAUAUUUCUUUCUGCUCACGGCUAACGGCUUAUACGCACACAAAAGAGAGGGUCUGGUGUGUGGAUGAUUCCAGUCCUCCUCCUGUUCUUUGUUUCCCGUCCCAUCGUGUGUGAGCGCGUCUGCUGGUCUGCCAAGAGGAGGAAAGGAAGGAGGAGCAAGUAGAGAUGGCUUGCCCUGCGCAGUCCAUGCUCUCCGCCAGCGGCUGCAUCUUCCUGAGGAGCAAGCCUCAGGCGGCAUCCCAAGUGCGAGGGGGCAUCAUCGGCGGUGGCCGCAGCAGCAGGCCGUUCCUGCUCACCUGCAACGCUUCCUCUUCUCCGUCCCCUUCCUCGCCGGCGCCGGCGCAGGAAGACCCCGACUGCAACGAGGAGGAGUGCGCCCCGGAGAAGGAGGUCGGGAGCCUGAGCGCCGAGUGGCUGGCCGAGGAGAGGACCCAGGUCGUCGGCACUUUCCCUCCCAAGAAGAAAGGGUGGACCGGCUUAGUGGAGAAGGACACCGCCGGCCAGACCAACAUCUACUCCGUCGAGCCGAUGGUGUACGUGGCCGAGAGUGCCAUCAGCUCCGGCACGGCGGGUACGUCGGCGGAGGGCGCCGAGAACACGGCCGCCAUCGCCGCGGGGCUCGUCCUCAUCACCGUAGCCGCGGCCUCGUCCAUCCUCAUCCAGGUGAACAAGAGCCAGGUGCCGCAGGUGCCGGAAGCCGCCUACAGCGGCCCGCCGCUCAGCUAUUACGUCACCAAGUUCCAGCCGGCGGUGGCUGCGCCGGCGCAGACCCUCGAGGCCCCCGCCCCCGACGAGGCACAAGACGGCGCCGCCGCCACCGUCGAGGCUCCGGAGGUACCGGCACCGCAGCUGUCGUCGUGAGCUGAUUCGGUUUUGUGGCAUGCAGCUUUAUACUACGGAUGAGCCAGUAGCGCAUGAUGAUGGAAGAUAUGAAUCCAUGAUACAAGCAUUUCGGAAUUGUAUUAAAGUUUGUAUAUACACAUGCAUUCAGCUCGCGCAUUCUGUAUGCUUAUUUGAAUUCAGACAUCACGGCACUCCCACAAACCAUUCAGUUGUAACAAGGUGAACAUACCAUUUUCACGCGUAGUAUUUGAACAUAAUUUUUAUUU